UUGUAAAUAAGCGUAUCAAUAGUGAUUGUAAAGAAGGGUUAAUAAUUCUUGAAGUACAUUAUCUCUGAGACCACGGAGAAGUACUAGGUGUAGUGUAAUAAUUAAUGUAAAAAAUGGCUAGUAUUCAGCUUCGUGAAUUAGAAGAAUAUUUGCAACAGUUGGAUGGAUUUGAAAAGCCAAAAGUAUUACUUGAACAAUAUUGUACCAGCGCACAUAUUGCAUCACGUAUGUUAUAUACAGCUCAAACCCAAUUUCAUGACAUAGAAGGUCAUGCAAUAGCAGACUUAGGUUCUGGAUGUGGCGUUUUGUCUCUCGGAGCACAAAUGCUUGGAGCAAGUCAUGUUCUUGGCUUUGAAAUAGACUCUGAUGCACUGGAAAUCCAUUCUAGAAAUUGCAAUGACAUAGAACUAUUUGUAGAAGUGAUACAAUGUGAUGUACUGCAGUAUUUACCAGGAAAAUUCGAGAAAUACUUUGAUACAGUGGUAAUGAAUCCUCCUUUUGGGACAAAGCACAACUCAGGCAUAGAUAUGAAGUUUUUAGAGAUUUCUAUGAAACUGGCUUCGAGAGCUGUGUAUUCUUUGCAUAAAACCAGUACACGCAAUUAUAUUCUUCAAAAAGCGGCACAAUUUGAUGCAAAAGGCAAAAUCAUUGCAGAAUUGAGAUACGAUCUACCAAAAGCGUAUAAAUUUCAUAAGAAAACUUCUGUGGAUGUUCAGGUGGAUUUUAUAAGAUUUGAAUUAAAUCGCUGAAAUAUUUUCAAGGCCACUUUGUACAGUCUAUUUAAUUAUUCAAACUUAAUGCCUUGAGCCAGUGGCAAAUCGUUUCCAUAA